AAAGAUUUGAAGGAGAGGGGCUAUCUUGAAAAUAUACAUUCAUCAACAUCUGCGAUUCGAUGGAUCCUACUUGGGUUUGAUGUUUUCCUUCUUGACUCUGAACGCUUGUUAGGGUUUUGGAAUUGGGAUCUAAAUCCUGCUUAUGUCUCAGAGCGUCUUCAGUCGCUAAUCACCAGGAGAAGCCACAGAAAAAAAAAAUCCCAAAGGUCUUAAGGUGUACAGACCAAAUCCAUGGAGAACAGCGAACCAUUCAGUUCCUCAACAGCACCGCUGACAUGGCACGACUUCCUGGAACGCAUGCGACACCCAUCAGCCGCCGAAUUUGUAAGAGCCAUCAAAACCUUCAUCGUAUCAAUCUCAAACACACCUCCAGAUCCCGAAACCGACAGCACAUCCGUACAACAAUUCCUCGCCAACAUGGAAGCCUCUUUCCGGGCCCACCCGCUGUGGUCAACCGGGUCAGAAGAAGAACUAGACAGCGCAGGCGAAGGCCUUGAAAAAUACAUCAUGACAAAAUUAUUCCCCCGUGUCUUCGCCUCACACCAACACGACAUCAAACAAGAUGAAAAUCUCCACCAAAAAUUAUCUCUUCUCCAACAAUUCAUCAAACCCGAACACUUAGAUAUCCAACCAACAUACCAAAACGAAACCUCGUGGAUCCUCGCUCAAAAGGAGCUUCAAAAAAUCAAUAUCUAUAAAGCUCCACGAGAUAAACUUGUUUGCAUACUUAGUUGCUGUAAAGUUAUUAGCAACUUGCUGCUUAAUGCUUCGGUUGCUGCUAAUGAAAACCCUCCUGGAGCGGAUGAGUUUCUCCCGGUUUUAAUCUAUGUUACCAUAAAAGCAAACCCUCCUCAAUUGCAUUCCAAUUUGUUGUAUAUUCAACGAUUCAGACGUGAAUCCAGACUAGUUGGAGAAGCGGCUUAUUUCUUUACAAACAUGUUGUCUGCUGAAGCCUUUGUUACAAACAUAGAUGCCAAAGCGCUUUCCAUGGAUGAAACUGAGUUUCAGAAGAAUAUGGAAUCCGCUCAAGCACUUAUUCAUGGCCUAUCCACCGAUUACACUACCAGUCAAAACAUUGGUCAAAGUAUGUCAUCUGAGAAUAGCGAAUCGACAACCGAAAAGGAAAAUGAAAAAGAAAAGGAAGUAUCAUCGGUGAAAAAGAACUUAUCGGUUUCAGAUUUGGAGAAUAAAGGGGCUGAUAUGAUUGUAAAAGAUGGAAAUGGAAUCGAAGAGUUUCGGAAUUUUCCGUAUUUGUAUUCGGAAGCGGGUGAUUUGACAAUUGGUGACGUGGAGGAUUUGUUAGAUGGUUAUAAGGAACUUGUGUUGAAGUAUGUUAGUCUUGCGAAAGGGGUGGGUGUAGGUGGUGUUUCGAGUGAAGAUAAGUAAAAACUAGGAUUUGUUUCAUUAUAAAUUUGUAUGUUUUGUUUUCAUUCUUAUUUUGUUAUACUGUUUGCUUUAAGAAAAGCCGAGUAUUCAUACAUAUUUCAUACAAAUCAAAUCAAAUUGUCUACUCAUCAUCUAUCACAAA